CCAUGGCAUGCCUCUUUAUGGCAAGACAUUUGCGCAAAGUUUGGUAGAGUUCACGACCGAACAAGCUUCACGUUGACGAUGUGAUCGUUGACAAGGGAUACAUUUAUUACUGUAUGGAAGGAUCCAUAAAAAAGACUAAGGACCACGCAUGAAAAAAAGGGCAGCACUUGGAAAACCUCAUUGUCUCGUUUUGCGUACUGAAGGACCACAAACGCUCAGACGAUUUCGACAUAGAAUGCCGUUUAUGACGGGUUACCUUACUAUAUUCAACUCUAAUAACGGCGCGUGACGGUCCAAAACUCAGUUCUAAAACGCCUCACGCGCCUUCGCCAUGCUAGGAUCCCUGGCUGCGAAGGAGUCUUCGCCCGUCCAACCUACAAAUUCUGCCGACUGGGAUGUCGACACGGGCGAGGACGAGGUCACAGAGGAGGACUCUGAAGACCCCGAGUCUGGCUCAAACCGCCGGGGCAAUGGCCACGGGGCUACUCGCCGUCGCAGCAGGAGACCUCCGUGGUCUCGAGAGGAGGAGGCAGUUUUGUGUCGGCUGCACGCACAAUGGGGCUGUUCAUGGAGUCGCAUCGCUAAGGAGCUGCCUGGGAGGACCAGCUCCGAGGUCAAGAACAUUUGCAAAAAGCUGAAGGCGCGCAGCCUGCUACGUGCCUACGCCCGCGCCCUGAGCUCGCGCGGCGACCGCAGUGACGACGCCGCCGCGCGCAUGGAGGCCUUUCGCAUCGCAGUGCGCAUGACCAACGACGCCGGCCGCGACUCGGACGGCGGCGGGCCCGAGGACGCGCCGGACGGACUGCCGGCGCUGGCCCUGGCGGGAACGGGCGGCAGCGGCGGGGGGUUGGGACCAGGCGGCCUGGGUGCUGGGGAGCUGCAGGGCGUGGGCGCGGGCGGCACUGGGCUGGAGGCGGGGCCGCUGGGCGGCGGCGCAGGCCCACUGGCGCUCGCGCUGCCGGGGCUGUCGGGUGGGGCCGGCGGCGGCCGCGGCGCGCUGUCCGGGCUGGGGCUUGCAGGCGGCAGCGGCGGGCCGCUGGAUGCGGGGCUGGCGGCACGCCUGGCGGGCGCGGGCCUGCUGUCUGGGAACGGGCCGUGUCGGACAGGCUCGUCCGGCGACCCCUGCAACAACGGCCCCAACCCCACCACGCACCCCAGCUCCCCGGACCGCUCCAACCCGCACGCAGACAAUGCUGCCGCCGCCGCCGCGGUGGCGCAGCUCAACGAGCUGCACGACGGCAUCUACAGCUCGCGUGCCAGCGGCGGCAACGGCAACGGCACAAUCACGGCGGCGGCGCGAGGGGGCGGCGCCGACAAAAACGGCGGCGCGCCGCAGCUGCCGCCGGCCGACCGCCUCGUAGCCGCGUUGAUGCAGGGAACGGGUCUGGAGGGCGCAGGCGGGCAGGGCGAGGGCGGCUCUGCCGGGGUCAAGCUGGAGGGCGGCCUGAACGGCGCUAGCGUAGAUGGAGCCGUCGGCGGAGCCGGCCCAGAUGACGGCUGGGCGCCAAACGGUCGCGCCGGCGGCAGCGCGCCGGCGGGCGGCAGCGGAGGCAACGGGCAGAUGCCCGAGGAUGUAGUUGAGGAGCUGCAGCAGUUGCGGGGCCUACCGCCUCAGGUGCUGCAGCAGCUGCUAGCCAAGGGCGUGUCGCCGGCAGCGCUGCAGGUGAUGCUGCUGCAGACGCGGCUGGAGCACGGCGGGGGGCCACUGGAGCCAGGGCCAGGACCUGGGCCGCGGCAGGCGCUGGAGGGCAGCGCCAGCGACUCACAACGGGGCCUCGAGCAGCAGCAGGCUCAGCAGCAGUCGUGGGAUGGCGCUAGGGCGACGCCGCCGCCGCCACAGCGGCAGCUGAAGCUGGAAGAGCGUGAGGCCCAUUCCCGGCACGACGAGGCGCAGCGGGCGGCGGACUGUGCGGAGCCGCGCGUGCGGGUCAAGGCGGAGGCGGAGGACCUCGGUGGUCGGGCGGGUAUCGAUGACGCCGCCAGGAGACAGCCAUCGGACAACAAUGACAGCAGAGCGGACUCUGGCGCGAGGACUUCGCACCAGCAAACGUCGACUAGGGGUCAGGAGGGCCUGCGUGCGCAGGGUCGGGCGGCCAAGACCCAGCUUCAGGCGUCGCAAAGCCAUCGUGCCGGUCCUCAGCAGGACGAGGCGCCCGACAACGGCAGGCGCGGCGCGGGUGCUUCAAAGGCGCCGCAGCAGCCACAGCCGCUGCAGCUGCUGCCGACGCUGGCAGCCGGCUCCAUAGAGGCUGCGGUGCGCAGCAAUGGCGCCCUGGCGGCGGCGGUGGAGGGUGAGGCCAGCGGCAACAGCAACGGCAACGGCGCCGCCGCCGGCUCGCUGCCGGCGCGGCGGGAAAGCGACGACGAGCGGCUCGACGGCAGCCGUGGCGCGCGACCCGGGCUGCUGCAGGUGAGCCUGCGGCCGCAUCAGGGCGACCAGCCCAGUCCAAUGGCUGACGGUGAUGCGCGCGGCGACGGCGGCGCGGCCCUGCGGGCGCUGGCGGCCGGCAGCAUCGCCGGCGGCGGCGGCGGCCAUCCGCUGCAGGCCUUGGCGGCUGCCAUGGCAGCCAAUGGAGGAGCCGUUGGCGCCGGCGGCUUGGGCGGCGUGCUGGCGGGCAUUGCUGCCGCCAGGGAUGGCGGCGGAGGCCUCAGCAGGCUUGAGCAGCUCGCGGCGCUUAUAAACGGCGGCGGCGGCGGCGGGCCUGGUGGCGGCGGCGGCGAGCAGCAGCUAGGCCUACCGGGCGGACAAAAUUUUGCUAUGCUGAAUGGUGGCGGCGGCGGUGGCGGGGGCAUGCUUGGCGCGCUGCUGGCGGAGGCGCAGCGCGGCCGCGCGGCGGCAGCGGCGGCGGCUGGGCUGGGCCCGUUAGGGACGGAGGCGGAGGAAGGCGCGCUGAUGGAGCUGAUCCGGGUCAGCCUGGCAGAGGCGGAGGCAGCGGAGGCGGCGCGGGCGCGCGCCGCCAACCGGGCGCUGGAGGCGGCGGCGCGGCUGAUGCAGGCCAGGCAGGCGCGAGCAAGGGCUGGAGCGCAGCUGCCGCCAGAGUCCAUGAUCGCCAACGCGCUGGCCUCGGCACGUGCGCGCAUGGCGGGGUCAGCCGGGCCGCCGGGUGGCGACGAGCUCCUGUCGCGCCUGGCGCUGUUGCAAUCCCUGCAGGCCGGAGGCGGUGGGCCAGCGGCCGCGGAGCUAGCGGCGAUGCUGGGCGCGGCCCGCGGCGGCGGCAACGGCAGCGACAAUGGAAGUGGUAACGGUGGCGGCGGGUCCAAGCGGCACGCGCAGUCGGACGACGAGCGCGAGCAGCUGCCCCCGCGCAAGCGCCAGCAGGCCUACUUGGACAGCGACAACGGGCCGGCGUUGGGUGGCGGCCGUGGCGGCGGUGGCGGCGGCGGGCCGCUGCUGCCGCUGCACCACCUGCAGCUGGCGAACAUGGCCGGAGCCUGCGGGCUGGGGCCGGGGCCGGGCGGGCAAUGGGGCGGCGCGGUGCUUGACUCACAGCCUCAGCAGCAGCAACCUCAGCAGCAGCAGCAACAGCAGCAGCUGCUGGCUGACAUGCGGGGCCUCCUAAGCGGCCUCAACGGCGGCGGCGGCGGCCCUGGCGGGCGGGCACGGGAGCAGGACAUGCUCGACAUGCUGCGCCACCGUGCCGCCGCCGCCAUGGCCGGCGCAGGCAUGGGCGGCGGCGGCGGCGGCGGGCUGGGUCACCUGCGGGGGCCGGCGGGGGCGCGCGGGAUGCUGCAGGUUGAUGACGACGGGCCCGGGGCGGCGAUGGCGGCGAUGGCGGCGGAGGCGGUGAUGCGGCGGCAGGGCACUGGGCUGCUGGAGUCGCAGGACUCGAUGGGCGAGAUGGCGCAGACGUUGCUGGGGUUCAGUCAGAUGGCGGCGCAGACGUUGGGCGGCAGCGAGCCGGCUGUUGGCGGCGGAGGUGCAGGCAGCAGCGGCCGCAAGGGGCAGCGAUGGUGAGGGGGCGACGCAGGGCUCGUUGCGGAAAGGUUAUUCAUUUACGCAGUGUAUGUGGCUGCCUAGCGCAGCUUACAGCAGCCGGCUUGUCUCGCAAGCGUGAGGCAAAUAGCCCUGCUGGCGCUGUGCAGAUCAGUGCGGAUAGCGAGCACGAGUUGCUAUUCUUGGUGACAUCAUGGCACGCGUGGUGUCUCUUGCCUGUGCACAGCGGCGACCACAUGCUGGGGGGCGACGCAUGCGGGCUGGCGAGUGACUGGCGCACAACGCCGCUUGCACUCCGGCGAACUACGAAAUGAUACUGUGGGCCGUGUGGCUCUAACGUUGAGUACCGAGUGGUGGCAUUGCUUAAGAGAGUUAAAAGAUGCCCUUGAGGUCGCCAACCUUUAUUAAGCGGGAAGGCGCUUCGUCCAAUGGGAUGGUAUGGCAUACUAGCUGCGGUUCAUCGUACUACCCGUAUUACUGGAGUGGAGUGGUGGUGGGCAGUGGUGUGGCGGGUGGACAAGUGGGAUCACUUAGCUACUGCUGGUGUUGUGUGAGUUGUCAAGACCUUCCUCUUGGGCUGCAAAAGACGGAGACCGGUCGACACUUGCUGCCACCCAACCGGUGCUGGACAGCGUCAAAAGGCUGCAGUUGCAAGGGUAUGUCCUGCUGAGCAUGCUCGUGACAGCCUUGCCAGUAAUAACUAAGAUGCGAAUGUGAAGGGUUAACCCGGAGUAUGCACGGCCUGACAUCUUCGCAUGUGCACCAUGAUGCUUUGUGGCUAAAACUUCCGUGCGGCCGCUGCAGCGCGCACAGGGGUGUGGUGGCAGGAGGAUGUCAACGGAUAAAGCUCCGAAGGCGAUGUCGUGGCAGGAGCGUCCAGGUGCAUAACGUUAAAUGUUUGUGGCUCAACACAUUUGCACGCAUGUGCCCGGUGAUGAUGUGUAUGGUUUGCGCAAUCCCCAAUCGAGCAGGGCAGCGGUAUGUGCAUCCGGCUGUCCGAGCAUGAUGCUAAGCAGUAACUAAAGGCGGGUGGGCACGCGCCGUAGAUGAUGGGCGGUCGCAAUGUGGCGUCGGAGACACUGACUUGUGUUGUAGUCGUGACGAGGUCCCGGUCACAGAAAGGGUCGACCGGCAGUUCCGACGUGAACGUGCUUUGGCAAGCGUGUACCCGCGUGUAUUUGCACUGAUCUGCAACGUGUGAGGCUAGGGCUUAGAGGUUGGGUGCUUAUUAGCCCGGUUCUUGUUCCUGUCGCGGCGUGUGGGCUCCGGGUGCUGUAGCAUAGUUGGCAAGUCUUUGACGGUGCGGGUGCGGAUGCGUCAGGCAUGUCUGUGUCACGGAGCAGUUUAUAUUGUGGUAGGAAAGCUAUCCCUAAAUGCACGCCCUCUGUGCUUCGCACGUGCUUACGGUAUGUGCUGUGCAGCUCUAGAUUGCUCUAGUUGGUGAAAGCGCUGGCUCGGAACUGAGUGCUGGAGAGAACAUGGGAAGGAAAGCCGAACUGGGUCUUUGUGGCCUCCAAACUAGAAGUGGAUGGUGUGUGGGUUCUGCACUGCAUGGACUCAUGAGGCAUGGACACGGCUGCUGCGAAGCAGAGAAGCAUCAGGCGCGAGAUGUAGCCAGUUUGACAUAGUGUCAUGUGAAGGAGGUGCCACACGCCUCCGGGUUCUGUGAUUGUGGUUUACCUGUCACGGACCCUCGUCGGCCUUGACCGGCGUCACCCUGAGCCCUGCGGUAACAUCGCGUGGCCGUGCAUGUGAGUCCGUAUGAAAAUGUGGUUUCCAUGCAUUGCGUCAUGUUACAAGUUGUGAGGGCGGCUCCGCCGCCGGGGAGGGUACCUGCAAGCAGAGAACUGCGGUCUUCGUGCGGGGUUGGGAGGGCGAGCCCGAACCGCCGUGUGACCACGCAGACCGCGCAGUCAGGGACGACGGUAGUCAGUACUGACAGAAGGAAACUCGCAAAGUAGCGAGCGCGACCCCGCGCUCCGCUACUAAACCGGGCCCACCGCCCAUGCGGCGCAUGGGCCCCAAUGAACAAACACACACGCCA